CAAAACAAAUACUCUUCAGGAGAACUCAGAUGCUGUUCUUGCCCCUCGCUCCUCCUAUCAAACAGUAUGGGAUAUAUUUGCUCGAGAGCCUGAAUGGGAGAGGGAUUCUUUUGUGCAAGGUGUUUUCCCAAGUGGUUUCCUCUGGGGCACAUCCACAGGUGCCUUUAACAUUGAAGGAGCUUGGGCAGCGGAUGGGAAAGGAGAGAGCAUCUGGGAUCAGUCUGGGCAUGCGGGUCAUGUCUACAUGAACCAAACAGCAGACGUGGCAUGUGACAGCUACUAUAAAACCAGCUAUGACGUUCACCUGCUCAGGGGUCUUCAUCCCCAACUGUACAAAUUUUCUGUAUCCUGGCCUAGAAUUUUCCCCACUGGCACCAACGAGACCAUCAAUUCCAAGGGCGUUGAUUAUUACAGCCAGCUAAUUAACCGGUUGCUAGACUCCAACAUUGAGCCCAUGGUGACUCUGUUCCACUGGGACCUCCCACAAGCUCUUCAGGUUCUUGGUGGCUGGCAGAAUGACAGUAUUGUCGAUGCUUUUGUAAACUAUGCAGACUUCUGCUUUGCCACUUUUGGGGAUCGGGUCAAGUUCUGGAUUACUUUCCAUGAGCCUUGGGUUAUCAGCUACGCUGGUUAUGGCACCGGAGAGCAUCCUCCAGGAAUCACUGACCCAGGAGUAGCAUCUUACAAGGUGGCUCACACAAUUCUCAAAGCUCAUGCCAAGGUCUGGCACCUGUAUAAUGACAAAUACCGCUCUCAGCAACUGGGAAAAGUGGGGCUGGUGCUGAACUCAGAUUGGGCUGAACCCAGGACUCCAUACAACUCUGAGGAUGUGAGGGCAUCUGAGAGGUACCUGCAGUUCAUGCUUGGCUGGUUUGCUCACCCUAUAUUUGUUAAUGGUGAUUAUCCAGAUAUCCUGAAGGCUCAGAUCCAAGAAGUAAACCAGCAGUGUUCCACAACAGUUGCGGAGCUGCCUCUCUUUACAGAGGAGGAGAAGUCCUGGGUGAAAGGGACUGCAGAUUUUUUUGGUCUUUCCCAUUACACUUCCCACUUGGUCAGUGCUGAGACUUCCGGGACCUGCACACCAGUCUACAAGAGCAUCGGGAACUUCUCCUUGCAUGUAGAUCCUUCUUGGCCACAGACUGCCUCUCCUUGGAUCCAUGUGGUCCCCUGGGGAUUAAGAAGGCUGCUGAAGUUUGUGUCCCUGGAAUAUACAGGGACAAAGAUACCAAUUUACAUAGCAGGAAAUGGAAUGCCCACGGAAGACACGGGAGAUCUUUUAAAUGACACUCAGCGAGUGGAUUAUUUCCGCCGGUAUAUCAAUGAGGCUCUAAAAGCGGUGAAACUAGACACGGUUGAUGUACGGUCAUAUAUUGCUCGAUCCCUGGUUGAUGGCUUUGAAGGCCCAGAGGGCUAUAGCUUGAAAUUUGGGCUGCAUCAUGUGAAUUUUGAAGAUAGCAACAGACCAAGGACUCCCAAGGCAUCUGCUUAUUUCUAUUCUGGUGUUAUUGAAAAAAAUGGUUUCCCAUCCAAAGUCUUGGACAGAUCUUCUACACCAGUUGGGUUUGACAUACCCACACCAUCCAAGCUGCCGAGUUUACCAGCAUCAGAAGUUCCCUCCAAGUCAAAGAUUGUCUGGGAGAAGUUUUCAUCUCAAACAAACUUUGAAAGGGAUAUGUACUUUUAUGGGACAUUCCCAGAGGACUUUUCAUGGGGUGUGUCUUCUUCUAGCUACCAGAUAGAGGGAGGCUGGGAUGCUGAUGGCAAAGGACCCAGCAUUUGGGAUAACUUCACCCAUGUCCCAGGGAAUGUAAAUAACAAUGAUACUGGAGAUAUAGCUUGUGAUAGCUACCACAAGGUGGAAGAAGAUAUCUACCUGCUGAGAGCCUUAGGAGUAAAGAACUAUCGUUUUUCCCUGUCCUGGCCUCGAAUUUUCCCCAAUGGAAGGAACAACUCAAUAAACAGCUAUGGAGUUGACUACUAUAACCGUCUAAUUGAUGGACUGGUUGCGAACAACAUCACGCCAAUCGUCACUCUCUACCACUGGGACCUGCCACAAGCUCUCCAGGACAUCGGUGGCUGGGAGAGCAACGCACUGAUCGACCUGUUUGAUAGCUUUGCGGACUUCUGUUUCCAGACUUUUGGGGACAGGGUGAAGUUCUGGAUUACCUUCAACGAGCCCUACAUCAUUGCCUGGCUUGGCUAUGGCACUGGGUAUUUUCCACCCAACGUCAAAGACCCUGGCAGUGCUCCCUACAAGGUUGCCCACAUCUUACUGAAAGCUCACGCCAGGGCCUACCACACGUACGAUGACAAAUACCGAGCGAGUCAGGGAGGCGUCAUUACUCUGUGUCCCUACAUUGACUGGGUUGAGCCACAGACACCAAGCGACCCCAGGGACGUAGAAGCUGCAGACAGGUACCUGCAGUUCAUGGUGGGGUGGUUUGCGCACCCGAUUUUCAAAAAUGGGGACUACCCCGAGGUCAUGAAGUGGAAAGUUGGGAACAGGAGUGAGCUCCAGAACCUGCCGUCGUCUCGCCUACCGGUUUUCACAGCAGAGGAGCGUGAAUACAUCAGGGGCACGGCAGAUGUUUUCUGCUUCAACACCUACACCACCAAAAUUGUAACCCAUGCAACGAGCCAGCUGAGGCCCUUCUCUUAUGAGUAUGACAGGGAAGUUUCAAUAAAGGUUGACAGCUCCUGGCCUUCCUCAGCUCUUACUGGCCAUCAUCCUGUGGCCUGGGGGAUGAGGAGGUUACUGAACUGGAUCAAAGAAGAAUAUGGAAACCCCCCAAUAUACGUCAUUGAGAAUGGGGUGGGGAUAAAGACCAACUCGGAUGUUGAUGACAAUGCCAGGAUAUUUUACUACAAAACAUACAUUGAUGAAGCUUUAAAAGCUUACAGACUGGAUGGUGUUAAUCUGAGAGGAUACAACGCUUGGUCUGCUAUGGAUAAUUUUGAAUGGGUGGACGGUUAUGAUCCAAGAUUUGGAUUGUACCAGGUUGAUUUUGACAAUCCCAACAGGCCAAGAACCCCAAAGCGCUCUGCUGUGUACUAUGCAGAAAUCAUCCGCAAUAACGGCAUCCCAUUGCCAAAAGAAGAUGAAUUUUUAUAUGGAGAGUUUCCAAAGAACUUUUUAUGGAGUGUAGCAACUUCUGCAUAUCAGAUUGAGGGAGGAUGGAGAGCAGAUGGGAAAGGACUGAGCAUUUGGGACCAAUUUUCUCACACUCCCUUGAAAAUCAGCAAUGACGACACUGGAGAUGUAGCUUGUGACAGCUACCACAAGAUUGAGGAGGAUGUGAAAAUGCUGAAAAACCUCAAGGUGUCUCACUAUCGGUUUUCAAUCUCCUGGUCCCGCAUUCUUCCAGAUGGGACCACCAGAUACAUCAAUGAAAUGGGACUGAACUACUAUGAAAGGCUUAUUGAUGCUCUUCUGGCAGCUAACAUUAAGCCUCAGGUAACUCUCUACCACUGGGACCUCCCUCAGGCGCUGCAGAACGUUGGUGGCUGGGAGAACGAUACUAUAGUUCAGAGGUUUAAGGAAUAUGCUGAGCUCCUUUUCCAGAGACUGGGAGAUAAAGUGAAAUUCUGGAUAACCCUCAAUGAACCCUACAACACUGCGUAUCUUGGCUAUGGUGUUGGCACAGCUGCGCCAGGCAUCUCGGUUCGGCCAGGGCGAGCUCCCUAUGUGGUGGGGCACAACUUAAUAAAGGCCCAUGCGGAAGCAUGGCACCUCUACAAUGAGACCUAUCGGGCAAAACAAGGAGGAUUAAUCUCUAUCGCCAUCAACUCUGACUGGGCAGAGCCAAGAAACCCACACAAACAGGAGGAUGUUGAUGCUGCCGCGAGAUACUUGCAGUUUCUUUUAGGUUGGUUUGCUCAUCCCAUCUUCAAAAAUGGUGACUAUAAUGAAGUGAUGAAAACAAGGAUUCGGGAGCGUAGUCUGGCUCAGGGUCUGAACCAGUCCCGACUUCCAGAAUUUACUGAAAGUGAAAAGCAGAGAAUCAAAGGCACAUAUGACUACUUUGGUCUAAAUCAUUACACCACAGUUUUAGCAUACAACUUCAACUACGCUGCUGGCAUUCUGUCGUAUGACUCUGAUAGGGGUGUAGCGACAAUAAGUGACCGCAGCUGGCUGAGCUCUGGCUCCCUCUGGCUGAAGGUGACUCCCUUUGGUUUCCGGAAGCUCCUGAGAUGGAUAAAGGACGAGUACAACAACCCUCCCAUUUAUGUGACGGAAAAUGGGGUCUCAGAAAGGGGAGCUGUAGACUUCAAUGACACUUGGCGAACACAUUACUAUCGGAGCUACAUUAAUGAAGCACUUAAAGCUGUUGUGCUCGAUGGCAUUGACUUACGAGGCUACGCUGCGUGGACACUGAUGGACAACUUCGAGUGGGCAGUGGGCUUUGAUGAAAAGUUUGGGUUUUAUCACGUGAAUUUCACAGACCCUGCCUUGCCACGGCACCCCAAGGCCUCUGCCAGGUAUUACUCACAGAUCAUUAACUGCAACGGGUUUCCAGACCCUGCAGCGGGACCACAUCCCUGUCUGGAACUGGAGCCUGAAGUGACACCGACCGAUUCCACACCGGGACUGGCUGACAGCGUGAGCUUUCUGGGAUUAGAUUUAACAUCACAAAGUGCAGAAGUAGCACUGUACGUGCUUUUUGCUCUUUCUGCAGUUGGAGCAUUGGGCUUGGUUCUUUUUGCAUAUAAAUAUAGAAAAUUAUCCAGAAGCUCCGCUAAACGAUCACAUACGGAACUUACUAAAAUGUAA